AGGAAACUUGAACAUGGUGCGGUACAUCUAUAUCGUCCUUGCUCUUGUUGCUUUCUUCCUUCAAAUCCCACGUUUCUGUCGGGGUGCAACCUCAAGCCUUGGCUGCAAAGAGGCAGAAAGACAGGCUCUUAUACAGUUCAAAGAUAGCCUAAAUGGCAGCCUGAAUCGGCUCUCUUCAUGGACAGGCAAAGAUUGCUGCAAAUGGGAAGGACUAGGCUGUAACAACAACACUGGACAUGUCAUUAAGCUCGACCUCCGAAACCGAGUCUAUCCAGACUCGAAUGGAUACUUCAUUAAAGUUUCCAACCAGUUAAAGGCCAACGCUGUCAACCCGUCUUUGUUGAAGUUGAAAUAUUUGGAGCACUUGGACUUGAGCUGGAACGAUUUCAUGGGAAGCCCGAUUCCCACUUUCUUAAGCUCAAUGCAAAGACUACGAUAUCUUAAUCUGUCUAACUCACGCUUCAAUGGAGUUGUUCCUGAUCAACUUGGCAACCUACAUAGGUUGCAUGCUCUUGAUCUUAGUAGCGGUCCAAGUGAAUACGAUUUUCAGCUUUCAGUCCGCAACCUUCAGUGGCUUUCCCAUCUUUCAUCAUUGCGGCACCUAGACAUGAGCUGGGUGAACCUUCAGAAUGCCUCUGACUUGUCUCAGGUACUCAAUAAGCUUCCCUUUUUGGUUCAUUUACGCUUGUCAUCUUGUGGAAUUGGUAAUCAUGUUAAUCCGUUCCAUGAUUAUGCCAAUUCCACGUUUCUUGAGCACUUUGAUGUUAGUGUGAACGCACUUCAAGGUCCUAUCCCUGAUAUUAUUCAGCACAUGAGUGCGCUCAAAGUCCUCGACCUUUCAGCCAACAUCUUUGAUUCUAAAAUUCCUGUGUGGUUGGCUAACCUGAAAAGCCUUGUGCAUCUUAAUCUUGGCUUCAAUAACUUCAGUGGUGAAAUCCCAAAUGAUUUGGGAAACCUCACUUCUCUGAUAGUCCUAGACCUUUCUUUCAAUUCAUUAGUGGGAGGCAUACCAAGUUCUUUGUGGAAUCUUUGUAGUUUGAAAGUCUUGGAUUUAACUAUGAACAGAUUGAAUGAAACAAUCUCAGACCCUUCUAAAAAUGCAUCCGGAUGCAUCGGAAGCAGUCUUGAGAAACUGAGUUUGAGAUGGAACACGGUUAGAAGUCCUUUGCCUGAUUGGUUUUCGCAGUUUUCGAAUCUAAAAACCCUUGAUCUUGCAAACAACUCGUUCUAUGGUGCCAUUCCAGCUUCAUAUGGGAAAUUGCUCAACUUGAGAAUGCUGGAUUUUUCUCGUAAUCGUUUGAAUGGAUCGGUUCCAGAAUCCUUCGGGAAACUUUCUUCUCUUGAGAAACUACUCAUGUCCACCAAUUCAUUGCAAGGAAUCAUGUCCGAACUCCACUUUACUAACCUCUCAAGAUUAGAAGAACUAGACCUAGGAGUCAACUCUUUGGCUUUGAAAGUAAAUUUAAACUGGGUGCCCCCCUUUCAACUCAAUUACAUAAACAUGAGAUCCUGCAAUAUUGGUCCUCAAUUUCCUGCUUGGCUUCAAAACCAAAAAAGGAUCACCACGUUGUACCUAUCCAACACAAGCAUCUCGGAUGCUCUGCCUGUGUGGUUUCCCAACCUGAAUUUUACCUAUCUGGACCUAUCCUUCAACCAGAUCAGGGGCAGGCUGCCAACAUUUUCUCAGCCAGCUUCUCUCUACAUGAACCUGUAUUUGAGUUCCAACAAAUUCGAAGGCCCCUUGCCAACCUUUCCUUCUAUUCUGAACAGAUUGGAUCUCACUGACAACCUAAUUUCAGGUCCAAUUCCAGAAGAUAUUGGCAACAUGACGCCUACACUAGACAAUUUACUUCUCUCUGGUAAUCAAAUAAGCGGUUCUAUACCAGAGUCAUUGUGCAAAAUAAAUACCCUACGAGUUCUGGACCUCUCCAAAAAUAGGCUAUCUGGUGACAUUCCAGAUUGUUGGAGCAAUUUUAAGAUUUUGGUGGUUCUAGAUUUUUCUGCCAACAACCUUUCUGGAGUCAUCCCAAGUUCAUUUGGACAUGCAACAUCAUUGCAGUCCUUGCACUUGAGCAAUAACAGUCUCGAAGGAGAGCUGCCAUCGUCCUUGAGAAAUUGUACAAGCAUGGUAAUUUUCGAUGGUGGUGAAAACGGAUUAUCUGGAAAUAUACCUAGAUGGAUUGGAAAGAGCAUGCUGAAGCUUGAAAUUUUUCGAGUACGAAAAAAUAAGUUCGAUGGAACUAUUCCUUCAGAAAUAUGCAGCCUCCCUGAUCUUCAGGUACUUGACCUUGCGCAAAAUAAUCUAUCAGGAACAAUUCCUACUUGUUUUGGGAAUUUGAGGGGCAUGAUUGAUGGGAAUGGUACUAGUGAUAUUGGCAUAUAUCUAUGGUCAACUACGUACGGAGAAAACAUGGUUCAGUUCAUGAAAGGGAAGCAGCUCGAGUACACCAAGACGCUGAAGUACCUAAUUAACAUGGAUCUCUCCAGUAAUACACUGAAAGGAACUAUCCCGGAAGAACUAACAAACCUUGUACGAUUACGUGGCUUAAACUUGUCCAACAAUCAUUUGACAGGGAAGAUGCCUGCCAUGAUUGGCAACAUAAGGUCAUUGGAAUCUCUGGACUUCUCAAGAAACCAGCUUUCUGGCUCAAUUCCACGAAGCAUGUCUGCCCUGACUUCUCUAAGCCACCUCAACUUGUCCUCCAACGACCUGUCUGGACAAAUUCCAUCAGGCAAUCAGCUGCAGACCCUUGAUGAUCCCUCCAUUUACACAGGCAACCCUCUACUCUGUGGCUUUCCACUACCAAAGUGUGCAAGUGCUGAGCCGCCUCCGCCUAGCAAUGAAGGGACAGAUGAAGGAAAUGUAUCUGAAACGGAAUGGCUUUACAUCUCCAUGUCUGCAGGUUACGUGACUGGACUAUGGGGGGUUCUUGGUGUCAUGAUGUUCAAGAAGAAUUGGAGAGAUGCUUAUUUCAGAUUUGUGGAUAACGCCAAAGACAAGACUAUUUCAGCAUUUAAAAGAAAGGCGUCAACUCCAAUUAGAAGAAGGUCCGCUACCAGGAGAAACCGCAUGGAAUGGAGUUGGUAAGCAAUGAUGAUGAUAAUGCAAGGUGAAGACCGUGUUCAAGGGAGACUUUUUCAUGGUCAUUGGUCACACUGCUUACAUUGGAGGAUUUCAACUACCAGUGAGGUUGUAGCUGUUGAGCCGAAGAAAUUCAAAGUCCCUACAAAUAAAUAUUGCAGCAUCGCAUUAUAGAGAGAUGAGCAAUUUGCAUCAGUAAAGUUCUAGUUCAAAUGGUCAGCUACCAUCUUUGCUUUCUACUGGCAUGUGUACGGACAUUUCCAUCAGUAAAGUUCUAGUUUCUAUCAUAAAUUCUGUAUCCACAAUUACAAAAUAAGAUUACUUUCAAGGAUUAA